UGUUCCUAGUCUCGCUGAUUACAAACUAGCGUAGAUUGUCCAGGUCUCCCCAAAAUUAUUUGAAUAAAAUUUAUAAAAUGGAAGCCGACGGAUCUCUUAAAUCCGAUCAACGCGUAAUUGAAACGAUUGGUAGUAAUUGCCGGUACCAGCGCCUGUACACCGACAUCAUAGGACAAGGAGGAUUUGGAGUUGUGUAUGAGGGUGUAAUUACCGAACGCGGCGAUUAUACAGGAGACAGUAAUAAUGUGGCUGUUAAAGCCGUUCAUCUGGAUUCCAGCUCAGAAAUUGUCAGGAACAAAGCAUAUUGGACGAAAACGCUGGCCAAGUUAAGAGAGCUGCCUCAGUUAGUGCACCCACAUCUUGUACGUUAUCAUCAAAUCUGCCUUACAAAAGCCGCACGCGGAAUCAGAAUGGAGAUGAUGAUGGAGCGCUGUAGCGGUGACUUGGCAUCACUGUUAAAAGAAGUUCAGGAAUCAGGAGAACGUGAUGUAAACCAAUACAAAGUCGUUGGACAAUAUUGCAAAGAUAUAACAACGGGAGUAGAUUUCUUGCAUCGUCAGGCAAUCAUACACGGCGACUUGAAACCGGGCAACGUCCUGGUGAAAGACUUGCUAGAAGGAAAAAAAAUGCUGGUCAUUGGUGAUCUGGACGAUUUGGUACGCCUGCAGGAAAACAUGACUUGUUCUGGAGACAUAUCUCAACUGCGUGGAACUUUGCACUACAUGUCACCAGAAAUGUUGAGAAAAUUCAGCCAGUGUGAAACCGAAAGUCCAGGCCGCAGAACUGAUAUUUGGAGUUUGGGCUGCAUAUUGCUAGAAAUCGCGGAGAGCUUUUUCGGCAAAAAGAUUGUUGAAAAAAGGCUGACAAACACAGAAAAACAGAUCAGUUUAGGAAGCAAUGUCUCGAAAAGUCAGUUUGCCGCGUUUAUAAUGGAUGGCUAUGUUCCGGUUGUGGAUGAUAAAAUUCCACGAAAGUUAGCAGCCUGCAUCAAACUGUGCCUCCAGCCAAAUCCCAAUGGAAGAUUAUCGGCCGCAGCGCUGUUGCACAAAAUCUCAGUUUUUGGCGCCACUGGUUUUGUUAGCAAAAAUGCUGCCCUUGGCGUUGUCACUGGAAAUGUCAGUCUUGGCGUUGUUAUAAUGGACUGGAGUUCCAUAUCGAGCGUCAUUAAGGUGAUGACAUUAGACUCUGCGACAAACCGGAUCCAAAUUUUUGGGGUGUCUGUGCGCUGGAAAAUGGAAUUAUGCUUUCCACAGUUAACGCUACUUACUGGAGAGCUAAUAUUUCGAGGCGUCGAUGAAAGAUUACAUCUGUGGAAACCUUGGGAUGGUACGUGGCGAUCAUUCCGUCUUAAAUCGGGGACUGAGCCCGCAGAUUGCCGGAAUCCGGUCGUGCUUCAAAACAUGCUUUAUUAUUUCAACCGUUUUGGUGAAACGUUUCUGGCGGAAAAGAUAGUAUGGAACAACACUACACAGUCAUAUGAAACUACCAUGCAACAUGUGAGACCAUCUCCACUUCGAAAGGGCUGGGCCGGGGGUGUGUACGCGGUGGGUGAACUUGGAGGGAAAAUACUGUAUGCAUACAGUGAAUGGACUACUGGCAAUGAGAAUGAACAUUCUGGGUUGAUUCUUUAUGAUCCGAUUGCGGAUGAAUGGAAACUGCUAGCAAAACUUCCACACAGACGGGAUUGGUUUGAUAUGGCUGUCGUGGGCGAGUAUAUUUACAUUCUUGGUGGAUGUUUCGUUAUUCCUGGGAAAAGACUGGGGAUUACAACAUCCCAUUGUAUGCGUUUUAGCAUGAGAACAGCUACCUGGGAGGAUAUUUACCCUCUGCAACACCCGCGCAGCCAUCUUUCAACUUGUGCCGCUAACGAACGCAUAUAUGUCUGUGGCGGCAACAAUGCUGAAGGCGAGAAUGAAUGUUCUAUUGAAUUUUACGAUACCUCCCGCAACGAACCCUGGUCGAUCGUUGCAUUAUCCGAGCACGAUGAAGAGCUGCUGCAGCACACAAUUUGUGGGCAUUAAAUAUACAGUUUUCCCAUUGAUCAACGACCCUCACAAAUACCGAACUGUGUUUUGCCAUUCCCUGAUUGGCUGUGCAAACAGCCAACCAGGGAACUUAUAUCGAGCAUCAGUCUUCGUUCAGUGGUUCUCUGAUGUUUUCUUCUACACCCGAUCUACCUGAAAAUUAGAACGAAAGGUGCUGGCAAAUCAAAAACUAA